AUGCUCGGCCUGCACUACUUUGAGCUGAAGGAGUACCAGACGGCACUGGGCUACCUCAGACAGUCUGUGGCCGUCAACUCGAUGCAAGUCGAUGCCUGGUACCGCAUCGGUUUCAUCAGCCUGCAGCAGGAGCAGUGGGAGGCGGCGGCCACUGCCUACCGUCAGGUGCUGCAGUUUGAAGCGGAAGAAGGCAGCGGCUUUGAGGCGUGGAACAACCUCUCCAAGGCGUACAUCAAACUGGGGGAGAAGGCGAGGGCGAUGCGCACCCUGCAGGAAGCGAUCCGGCUCAACUUUGAAGAGUGGAAGCUCUGGGACAACUACAUUGCCGUGGCCGCCGACGUGGGCGCCUUUGGUGAGGUGCUCGAAGCCUGGGGACGGCUGAUUGACCUGAAGGGCGGGUACGUCGAUGAGACCAUCAGCGGCAUUCUGGUGAGGGCCGUAGUGGACGGGGACAUCAGGGACAGCGAGGGGGAGCCGGCGGCCACGCCCCGGUACCGCGCCAAGGUCAUGAAGCUCUUUGCGAGGGUGGCCGCCACCUCGGACGGCUCGGCCGGCUUCUGGCGACACUACGCACAGCUGCUGAUGGCCGAGGCGAAGAGGGAACGGGAGGACGGAGAAGAAGGGGUGAAUGUGGGUGGAAUGAAGAUCGACCCCUCUCGCAUCACCCAGUGCCUGGGCAAGUGCCACCGAAAGGCGCUGGCCCGCGACCCCGCCUGGGCCAAGGACCUGGGCAAGACGGCGGAGCUGGCCGGCCACUGUGUUCGCCUGGCGGAGGAGUACCUCGAGGUGGCGGACAUUUUCGGGAAUGAUUCAGCGGCCUCUGUGCUGGGCAGUGGCAAGCUAACGCUCAACUCGGCGCUGGUGCUCCUCAAAAGAGCCCGGGACGACUUGGUCCUCUUCAGUGGAGAGGCAGAGGGUGGAAAGAUCGGCGAUCUAGAGGAGAUGCUGGCCAAGUUGGAGGGCGCCUUGCAGACGAUCAAGGGCGCCAUUGAGGAGAAGCAGGGCGGCGCCCAGGUGUAA